CGAGAAAGCAGGGCAAAGCGUUUGUGCCGUGCCGUGGCCUUGUGGGAAGAGAAAGAAAGGGAGAGAAAGACAGGACUGGAGAAGGUGAGUGAGAGGGAGGCGCGCAGCGGCAGCGGCGGCGGCGGCGUCGCCGUCCAUGGCGAGGAAGCACGGAUGGCAGCUCCCCGCGCACACGCUCCAGAUCAUUGCGGUUACGGUUUUCUUCCUUCUGGUGAUUGCUUUUUAUGCAUUCUUCGCAAUGUUUCUAGGGAAGCAAGUCCUAGAGUAUGUUGUGAUCGGUGUCUACACUGCCGUGGUGUUUUCUGUCGCCAUGCUUUACAUCCGCUGCACUAGUAUAAACCCUGCUGAUCCUGGAAUCAUGUCAAAGUUCGACAAUGUCCUCAUCGAUGCACCUGGAAGUGCUGCCAACAUACAGGGCACGGAUUUGCCAGUGAAAGCUGGUAUUGGCGCUGGAACAAUCUCCCCAUCGGCAACAUCUACUUGUAGGAACUCUGUAGAUGGGCAUUCUAACGCUGGUGCUUUAGCUGCUGGAGACACAAAUCUGGAUUUAAGGUCUCAGCCGCCAACAAGUCCAUGGAGCUGCUUACUUGGAGGGCUUGUUUGUUUUUUGUUUGUGAAGGAGGAUUGUAGGAAAUACGAUGAUUCAGAGAAUCAAGUUGAUGGGGAAGGAGCCUUGUUCUGCACGUUAUGUGACGCCGAGGUUCGCAAAUUCAGUAAACACUGCAGAAGUUGUGACAAGUGUGUGGAUGGAUUUGAUCAUCACUGUCGGUGGCUAAAUAACUGUGUUGGACGGAAGAACUAUUUCACGUUUCUUGCUCUGAUGGCUACCAGUCUUCUCUGGCUUGCUAUCGAAAUUGGAGUAGGCAUCGGUGUUCUUGUUAUAUGCUUUGCCAACAAGAAUUCAGAGAGAAUUAUUCAAGACAGGCUUGGGAAUGGUUUGCCUCGGCCUGCCUUUGCUACCAUUGUAGCGUUUUUUACUCUUCUUUCUCUAGUCGCUUGCAUACCUUUAGGGGAGCUUUUCUUCUUCCACAUGAUCUUAAUCAGAAAGGGGAUCACAACUUAUGAAUAUGUCGUUGCAAUGAGAGCUAUGAGUGAAACACCUCAAGAGGAGGAAGAGCACGAGGAGGAGGAGGGGGUAAACAUUGUUUAUUCCCCAACAAAUUCAGCCACCACUGCGUUCAGUGGUGCUAGUUCACUCAGUCUUCACUACAAGGGCUCAUGGUGCACACCUCCAAGGAUUUUUGUUGAUCAGGAUGAAGUGAUCCCGCAUUUGGAGCCAGGGAUGGUGCCUUCAACCAUCGAUCCUGAUGCUGUUGGACGCGCCGAAAGAGCCAACAAAGCCAAGAAGCAGGUCAAAAUCAGUGCCUGGAAGCUUGCAAAGCUGGACAGCAAUGAGGCGAUGAAGGCCGCUGCUAAAGUCCGGGCAUCAUCGUCUGUCCUCCGGCCUAUUGAUUCCCGCCGGGUUCCAGGUGCUAGCCCUGGCUCCAGUGGCAAUGCCAGCAUGAGAAGCAGCAUGAGUGCCGGUUACAGCGCCAGUGGCACCAAGGAAAGGGGGGCUGGUAUGCUUCAGAGUCCCUCGUAUCCUCAGAGCCCUGCAAGCCAGGACGACUACGAGUCGGGCACGCAGAGUGGUAGCAGCAGGACCAGCCCGGUGCACAUUCACAGACCCGCCGCACCGCACGCUCAGAUCAACGUGCCACUGCCACCUCGUGUGCCCCAAGCACCUCCAAGGCCUGCGCCGGCGUUGGCACCGAGGCCGCCUGUUCCAGCCACGCAGAUGUCCAAGCCAACGUUCCAGUCGGCAACAUCUUAUGUCCGUGAGAACCGGAAAGUAUCGGUUGUUUGGGAUCAAGAGGCUGCUAGGUACGUGUCCGUGGCACCGGCGCCCACAAGGCCAGUAACUGGCAACCAUGGAAGAACUCUCGCAUCCAUGAAUCCUUCGUCCUCAGCGUUGCCAUCUGGACAGCCGUCCGAGAGGUUGGCAUACACUGGGCAGUCGAUAUUCUUUGGUGGACCGCUUCUGGGUGCUGCUGCUGCUGACCCUCGGAGGAAUGAAGCUGUCGCGGGAGUGCCGCCGGAGACAAGGAGGAACGAUGGCACUGGGGGAGAGAGGAGACGAACUGCGGAGUCCUUCCCGGUGUUUGCUCCAGGAUCCCUUGAGAAGAACCCGCCAUCCAACAGGUGAUCUCGUGGCGGUAUGGCACCACCUUUUCUGACCAUCGUGACCAAGACAAUGGGACGAUCGUUACUCAACAAGGAGCCCUGGAGAGUCCAAGGGUGAUUACUGUGAGUUCAUCGGCGAUCGUCACCAAUUCCACACGCAGAGAAGGCGUCACAGGGACAUGCUACAAGUCUGAAAUGGGGGCAUCCUAGUACUGAGCCUGAACCCGAGGUUGAGGGAUGUGAGUGUCUGAGUGACAAAUGAACCGUGCAGGUGUCAAGAAAGCUGAAACAGGGAGGACACACACAAGGCGUGAGUGACUGAUUGGGGUGUAAAUGUUUUGCUCGUUUCGUUGGAGUAACUUUUGGGUUAGACGUGUGUUUUGUAGAGACAAUAUAAGUUAGGUCAAGACAAUGGCUAUUGAUUAGGUGUAUAUGGAUUUCAUGUCUCUAUUGAUGGUAUUCAAUUUCGAUUUUCAAAGGAUGAA